CAUCAAUUGGCGCCGGAAGUGGCUGCUCCUUGGAGACGGGACGCGGGAAGGCGUUGCGGCGCGGUCAGGAGCGAUCUGUCAGGAAGAAGCAGCCUUAAAUCGAUGGUGCUGGUUCUUCCCUUCCGUGGAAGCGGCUGAGGCAGCAAUGGAAACCAUCCCAGGUUCUUCUACUGAACAUCAUGGCUCUGACAAUGACUCUGACACAGAAAGCAAAGGGGAUCCAGAUACCCAGGCCCUGGAGUACAUUGAGCGUGUUCUUGGAACUUCACGGCAGUCCAGGCAGGCAACCCAGUGUCUGCCUCCAGAGUCACUCUCAGUAGGUGGUAGAGCCCGAACAUCAGACCUCAGAUCACCUCUAGAACUAAAAAAACCUUCUGUUAUUGAUGAACCUACUUCAGGGCUGUUGUCUCUUCCUCUAGAGUUGAUCUUAGAAAUCUGUUCCUACCUGCAAGCCAGGUUUGUUUUGCAUGUCCUUCCUUUAGUCUGCAGGACACUGAGGGACAUUGUGCAAGAUGAAGUCACUUGGAGAAUUCGCUUGUUAAAAAGAAUUGGCAACUGCUAUCCAGUUGUAGAAGGUGAUGAUUUUAACUGGCCAACUGCUUGUAUUGAACUAGAGGAACACCUCCAACAAUGGGCAGAGAAUGGCAGGAACACAGAGUACUUUUCCCUUACUGAAGGGCACUUUGCUUCUGUUGAUUCUGUACUGCUCCUUCAGGGUGGGGAGCUCUGUAUUUCUGGCUCUCGAGACAGAAAUGUCAACUUGUGGGAUCUAAGGCAGCUGGGCAAAGCACCAGAAAAGGUUCUAGUGAAGGCGCUGGGGACAGAGCGCAAUGGAACACACAAGGGUUGGGUAUGGUCCCUGGCUGCAAGAGAUAACCGCGUAUGCUCAGGCUCCUGGGACAGCACAGUGAAGUUAUGGGAUAUAGCGGCUGAUGGGAAACAGUUUGGAGAAAUCAGGGGGAAAGCAGCUGUGUUGUGCCUUUCUUAUCUGCCUGACAUUCUCGUCACAGGAACUUAUGACAAGAAGGUGACAGUCUAUGAUCCACGAGCUGCCCAUGCCCUAGUGAAGAGCCGCAAGCUUCACUCCAGUGCAGUCCUAUCCCUUGCUGCUGACGAACGCUUCAUUAUCUCUGGCAGUGAGGAUCGAACGCUGGUAUGUUUUGACAGGCGGACCAAUAGUGUGCUUCAAAGGCUACAGCUGGACUCAUACCUACUUGCCAUGUCGUACCAGGGUUCUCAACUAUGGGCUGGAGACAAUCAUGGAAUGCUGUAUGUCUUUGAGAACAACGGAGGGCGUUUCCAACACAUUCGGUAUUUUGAUGUGGGUCAUCGCUCUCAGAUCACCGGAGUCCAACACUCAUUGGGUGCACUGUAUACAACUUCCACUGACAAGACGCUCCGUAUCCAUGUUCCUACAGAUCCACCAAAGGUCAUCUGCUCACAGACACACAGCUAUGUGCUAAAUGGGGUCAGUGUUGAAGGAAAUAUGGCAGUAGCUGCCUCAGGUGGUUUGUCCCUGGAGGUUUGGAAACUCAGUGUUUGAUGACAAGUCACAUAGUGAUCCGUGCUCACAAGUACAGGGUCAUCAAGUACAGUGUGUUGGAUUAUUUCCUCACAGGUUCCAGUGUCCUGAUGUCUGUUGAGUUGUUGGGUUUUUUUAAUAUGUUCUUUGGGGCUGAGUAGUCAAAUGUUGAAGCUUCAGCCUUGCUUGCCCCAGUAGGGGUAACAGAGAGGCUUGCAUGGAGGCUAGUGUAUCAUCAUAUGAUUCAGUUUGAACCCUAACCUUAACCUAGCCCUUCCUUGUUGGCCACCUCUCUCAUUUCACCUUGUGGGGCUGAAACACAUACAUGUGUGUGUACCCUUUACAUAUUCUGGUCCCUUAGGCAGGUCUGCCCCGCUCAACAUACAGGAGCAGCAUCUUCUCUGUGGCUUGAUGGCUGAGAACUCACUGGCUUAUCAGGUGAAUGGAUGUGUCUGUAUAAGCACAGCUCUAAGCAUGAAGGUGUGAAUUAUGGGCAGAGGGGAGGGUGAAAGUUAAAAAGACUAUCCAGCUAACCUGGUCUGAUGAAUGUUUACAUUUAAUUAAAAAUAUUCUGCCAUAAUGGCUGAUCAAGA